UCUGGGCUCAGCAUGAGCUGCAAGGCCCUAGCCAAGAUGAAGGGAAUCCUCAUCUUGGGGCUCCUGUUGGCUACUCCCAGCUGCCUUGCCUCCUAUGAGGACCUGGUCAAGUGCUUCCAGGACCCUGAAUAUGAGUCCAUCCUUGUCACGGCCCAGGAGGGCCUCCACACCUCCCGGCUGCCCAAGCAUGUGGUGGUAGUGGGAGCUGGCAUGUCUGGCCUGGCAGCCGCCAAGGCCUUGCAGGACGCUGGCCACCAGGUAACCGUCCUGGAGGCCAGCGAUCAUGUCGGGGGUCGAGUGCUCACAUUCAGGAAUGAGGAAGAGGGCUGGUACUUUGAACUGGGGCCGAUGCGAAUCCCAAAGUCCCACAGGCUGGUCCACACCUAUGUCAAGAAGUUGGGCCUGAAGCUGAACAAGUUCAUCCAAUAUGAUGACAACACCUGGUACCUCAUCAACGGACAACGCUAUCGCACCAGAGAGGUCAAGGCCAACCCAGAGCUCCUGGGCUAUUCCGUGAACCCCACUGAGAAGGGCAAGAGUGCUGCGAAGCUUUUCUACCAGUCCAUUGCCAAGCUCAAAAAAAGUCUGAAAAAUUUCAACUGCAGCCACCUGAUGUCCUUUUAUGAUUCUUACUCCACCAAGGCUUACCUGCUGAAGGAAGGGAUGCUGAGCCGAGGAGCAGUAAAUAUGAUUGGGGAUGUGAUGAAUGAGGAUGCUGGAUACUAUAAAUCCCUCCUGGAGUCCCUGCGGACUGACACCAUCUUCCUCAAAAGCAACGACUUUUCUGAGAUCACAGGUGGCUUUGACCAGCUCCCCAAGGCCCUCAGUGCCAGCUUGAAGCCUGGCACCAUCCGUCUGGGCUCCAAGGUGGAGACGGUAGUGAGGGAUGGGCCCAAGGUCCGGAUUUCCUACCGGGUGGACGAGCCCAACUCUGAGCUGCACACCCUCACCGCGGACUUUGUCAUUAUCUCCGCCUCAGCCAAGGCCACGCGCCUCAUCACCUUUAAGCCAGCGCUCUCCCCAGACAAGGUGGACGCGCUCCGCUCGGUGCAUUACACCAGCGCUACCAAGGUGAUUCUGGCCUGCAAUGAGCCCUUUUGGGAGCGGGAUGGCAUCCGGGGUGGGGUCUCCAUCACUGACCGGCCUUCGCGGUACAUCUACUACCCAAGCCACAGCCUCCCCAGCGGCAAGGGCGUCCUGCUGGCCUCCUACACUGUGGACGAUGAUUCCCUCUUCUUCAUAUCCAUGAAACACGACCAGGUGGUAGAUAUCGUCCUAGAGGACCUGGCUGCUGUGCACCAGAUACCCAAGGAGGAGCUGCGGCGCAUGUGCCCCUCCUCCGUGCUCAAGCGCUGGUCUCUGGACCCCCUCACCAUGGGUGCCUUCACUGAGUUCACGCCCUACCAAUUUGCCGACUAUUCGCAGCAGCUCUUCCAGCCAGAGGGUCGCAUCUACUUUGCUGGCGAGCACACCUGCCUGCCCCAUGCCUGGAUAGACACUGCCAUCAAGUCCGGCCUCCAGGCAGCCAGGAACAUCCAGGCUGCCGUGGACCAGGAGGCCAUGGGGAGACACAAGACCUUCACCAACAACCAGAGUCCUUCCUAACCCUGAGAGAAAUCCCUGGGGGAAUCUGACUGGAAGCAGACUGGGAGGGGGGCGAUAGAGGCAGGACCCAGGAGAGAGGUCACCAUUAGUCUCCGUGCCUACAAGUAGGAACCCAAAAAUGCCAAAGAACCAGCUGUGAAGUCCACAAGAAACAUCACCCACUUUUCUGCUUUCUCCCCUGCCAACCCUUGAGGAAGGAUCAGCAGAGUCAAGGUAUAUGGAGGGAUAAGAAAAAAAUCAAGAAUAGACAAUGCUGGAAUCACCCCUUAACUUGCAGGAAAUUAUCUCCUGCUGCAUAAUUGUAACAUGCAAAAGAGAAAGGUUUCAACAACAUCCUAAUUCCUGUCACCUGCAACUAGAUUCUCCUAAACGAACAGACAAACCCCCAACCACACAACAUUAAACCAGACUGGCCACACAAACUCCGUCACUGCAUGCCUGAGCCAGGGGCCUCACAUCUUGGCCCAACACAGAGUCUAGGUGGAUGGGAGAGAUAAGAGUUCUUUUCUGCUCUUGUUGAGCCUACAAGAGCAGGAUCUUGGCUUCCUGGAGUUGCUUCCUGACCCACAGAAUUUUCCUCUUCACCCUCACCUCCCCAUCACCAAGAAACCACCCCAGCUGCCCUGCCUCUGCCUGUCCAGCCCACACAUUCCCCUGGGAGGACACCAACCUCAUUCUACAUACUCCCCCCUACUCUGCUCCUCUCUGAAACCUGCUCUGUCCUUCUAGGCCUAACUUAAUUAAUUCCCCCUCCCCAAAUCCUCCCUUAAAGGCUACACCCAAACCCUAGGGAUCUUGCUCCCUUGAAGCCCCACCCUUCCUUCCUAGAGUCUCAAACAUUUGGACUGUGGAUCUUGUGUUGCCAUGUACUUCCUUCAUGAUGGCAUAUUAUCUGCCCAACUGUACUGAGAGCCCCCAAGGGCUGGGAUCAUAUCUUGUAUGCCUUUUUGUAUUUCCCCUCCGGAUAGCUACUAAGUAUAUGCUAUUUCCCUCAGCCUGUCAACAAACAUUUAUUAUGCAUCUACCAUGUGCCAGGCACUAUGCUGAGUACCAGUUCCAAAGAAUGAGCAGCAUUAUUCGAUUGAAUCAAAUCUUCAUUCCCACCUGUGUCUACAUAUCUCCAAAGAUCAGUUCCCAAAUCUAGCUCAUUUUUUAUCCCAAACUUUUGGGGUUUGGGGUCCAACUAGGCAAAAGAAAGGAGUAAAUAAAGUGGUGAAUCCUUUUCCUGGAGAACAUUCCUAUGAGGGAGACCUUGGAGGGCUCUGAAGACUAGCACGAUGAAGUAUUGGCAUGGAGUGUUGUGUCCUGAGACUGGCUCGGUGUGCUGUGUCCUGAGACUGGAAGGGAGUGUUGUGUUUGAGACUGGAAGGGAGUGUUGUGUUUGAGACUGGAAGGGAGUGUUGUGUUUUGAGACUGGCAUAUUGUAUAGAAGGAAGGAAAUAGAGAAAGGAAACUUACAUUUUCUUACUGCAUUUUGGUCUAACUCCUGGUUUUCCAUUCACCCCUGCAAUAGUAAGGAUUUUUUCAGAUCAAAGUGUUAGAAAUCAAACUCAAACUAGCUUAAAGGAAAAGGAAAUGUUUUGACUCACGUAUCUGGAAAGUCCAGGGUGAAGCUCACUUCACCUAGACAGAUUGGAUUCAGAAAUUGAUAAGUCAUCGUUAAGGUUCUCUCUCCUUCCACCUCUUGACUCUGCUUUCCUAACUUAGCUUCUGUAUUGAGUUAAAUAACGUCCCCCCAAAUUCUUAUCCACCCAAAAGCUGUUAAUGUGACCUUAUUUGGAAAUAAGGUCUUAGAAGAUGUAAUCAAGUUAAGAUGAGGUCAUACCGGCU